GGCUUGAGGGAGACUUUAAGGGCUGCCCUACGCGUGUCUUUCUCUGGUUUGCCACCUUGCAAUUUGGAACCUGGACUGGAAUCCUACAACACCACCACUCGCAAUCCCCAACUUCCGGCGGGCGCCGAAAUUAGUCUCCUUUCUACCAAGGGCGCCCCUGAGGAACCCCCACAAGCUCGAGGCCAGCCGCCGACUAGGGGGACAGCCUCUUUCAGCCCCACCCGAGCGGCGCUGCCCCGUCACAGAGCGCAUGCGCGCAGUGGGGGAUGUCGGGAGCGCGCAGCGGCCCUAGGGGUAGUAGCAGGAGCAGCAGCGGCGGCAGCAGCAGCAGCGGCGGCCGCGCCGGGGACGCGGACGUAGACGGGGCGGUGUCGGUGGGGGAGGUGGUCGAGUUCCUCGCGAAGCUGCUGGGCAUCGCCGCCGCGCUGAAGCUGAUUUUCUACUUGUUCCAGGCGUGCCUCGCGAUGGCCUGGAAGUCCGGCGGGGCCAAUCACUCGGAGCUCAUCCAAAAUCUCCGCAAAAAUGGAAUAAUCAAGUCAGAGAAAGUUUUCCAAGUAAUGCUGGCCACAGAUCGUGCUCACUAUGCAAAAUGUAAUCCCUACAUGGAUUCUCCACAAUCAAUAGGUUUCCAAGCAACAAUCAGUGCUCCACACAUGCAUGCAUAUGCUCUAGAACUUCUAUUUGAUCAGUUGCAUGAUGGAGCCAAAGCUCUUGAUGUUGGGUCUGGAAGUGGAAUUCUUACUGCUUGCUUUGCCCGCAUGGUUGGUGCUACUGGAAAAGUCAUAGGAAUUGAUCAUAUCAAGGAGUUAGUAGAUGACUCAAUAAGUAACGUCAAAAAGGAUGAUCCAGCAUUUUUGUCUUCAGGACGAGUGAAACUAGUUGUGGGAGAUGGAAGAUUGGGAUACACAGAAGAAGCUCCCUAUGAUGCUAUCCAUGUAGGAGCUGCAGCUCCAGUAGUGCCCCAAGCACUAAUAGAUCAAUUGAAGCCUGGUGGAAGAUUGAUUUUACCAGUUGGUCCUGCAGGUGGAAACCAGAUGCUGGAACAGUAUGACAAGCUAGAAGAUGGCAGCGUCAAAAUGAAACCACUGAUGGGAGUGAUAUACGUGCCUUUAACAGAUAAAGAGAAGCAGUGGUCCAGGGAUGAACUGUAAAAGCUACAUGAACUUGACCCGAAUAUAAUACAGUGGAUCGCUCAUCUCCAGUUCUAGGAGCUUUUUGAAAACCAACAGCAUCACAACUUGUUUUGGACUUUGUCACACUGUUAUAAACAGCAUGAAAAUGCGUGGUUUUGUGGGGUUUCCAGUUCUUUUAAAGAGGCGCAGAGCCAAUCUGGUUGAGGAGGCAGAGUGCAAAUUUGUGCAUUGUUCCUUUUAACAUGCCUGCAUUUUUUGUUCAUCUAUUUAAAGAAGGGGAUUUCUGCAAAUCAUGAAAAACAUAGUUUGUGAAUUCUGAUACUGAGUGGGGGGGAAUUUUUUUUCUCGGGUCCUUAAUUCAACUUCAGUAUAUUCAUUGAUCAGGUUGCUUCUGUGCAUCUAAUGACACCAUUUACAACAUCAGGUUUUCUGUAUUCAGAUGUCCGUUAGAUGCUAUUAAAAUAGAGAUGAGCUUCCUUUUUAAAGCUUUUGACGUGGUGUCAUAGAAUAGCAUGUAGUAGAUACAAUCAAUCAGCUGCUUUGUUACCUUUAAAACCAGGCAUUUGUACAUAUUAAACUUCAAGAGAUCAAAGGUGGUAUCUCUUAUACACUUGGCUGUUCAGAUUGGACAUAAUUGACAUAGUUUCCCCUUUCUCCCCUCUUUUGAAAUGACCAACUUGUAGCUCAGUAUUGUUUUUCCUGUUUGUAAUUCACUGCUGAUAAUGUAUAUGAAUUUAACAUGCUGUGUAAGCUGUGUCCUAGUUACUGAACAGUUUAUGCAGUGCUGCUUUGCCAAAUAAAGUUAAAAGCAAAAACA